UGCUAAGCAAUGAACUGGGAAAUUAAUGCUAAAUAUGGAAUAUUCUGCAGGACAUGAUAAUAAGUAUGGAACAUUCUGCAAGAAACCCCAAUAAUGGAAAAUUCUGCUAGAGACAAUAAGAAUGGAACAUUCUGCAAGAAACCCCAAUAAUGGAAAAUUCUGCUAGAGACAAUAAGAAUGGAACAUUCUGCAAGAGAUACUGAGAAUGGACAAUUCUGCAAAAGGUCAGGGAUUUUCUGCAAGGGAUGAGAACUGCAGGACAUCCCAAAUAUAAAGAAGCUAUAGUAACAAGACUUUGUCAGGAGGGAUUUGCCCUGUAGCAAAAGAAAUUGCCUGAUCCAGUAUGGAACCAUGAGAUUGUCAUCCUGUGAUCCACUGUGUCUAAAACGAAAGGGAUUGGUAAUUGCAAAGAAGGAAGCAAUUAUUUUUAAAAAGAAAGUGAUGUUUCUCACGAGGAAAGCUGACGAUGAUAUAAGAUGCUCUAGGUGACUACGCAGGAAGAGGAUGUCAGCGACCUAAGUUCCCGACUGCCUUUUAUUUGUGAUGGGCUUAAAAUGCGUUGUCCCCUCUGCCGUGUGCUCAUUGCUGUGACCCUGCUCUGCAAUGCUCUCCUGUUGUACUACACAUGGCACUUGCAGUUCCGAUCCAAUGUACGCCAAGGCACCCUGCCAGCACUGGUACCAGGCAUCACGGUCAUUGUGCGUGAGUUUCGCACAUUUGAACAUGGCCUUUCAGACUUGAACCAGUCAUUUCUGCGCUCUCGUCCUUCACUCCACCUCCUUAUUGCAUCUGAUGCACUGCCGUACCCUCCUGCCCCUGGGUUGCGCAUAUUGAAACUGCAUCCCUCACCUGACCAACCCAGCUUUGCAUCCCGACUUGAGUCAUAUAUUCACACCCGUCUUGUUGCUUUGGUCCCUGAUGGAACUGCCCUGAAUCCCCCUGAUUUACUAGAUAGGAUGGCUCGGGGCCUGCGGGAUGCUCCUCCAGGUAUUAGGAUUGUGGCUGCUGCUGCAGGCCUUCCCUUGCAAUGCCUGCACCUUAAUGUAUCCCUGAAAGAGUGGACAGCAAGUUAUAAACCAGCAACCGCUGGUGAAUCCUGUGGAGCAGUGAGUGGAAAUGCAGUGCUUCUGUUACGUUCCCGUGACCUGUUUGAACUGCCUUUCCCUCUAGCCCGGCCACUGCAGAGAGCAAUUUUUAUUCAAGCAUCUCUUCGCGGGUGGGGUGUGCAGAUAGUGGAGGGUGUUACAUUCCCAUGCACACCAUUUCCAGCAACUGAUCACGGACGAUGGAAAGCCGAGCAGGCGGAGCGGCAAGAGGAAGCCAAAACCAUGAGGGCAUUAGGUGUGAGACUACUGCGAGGACUGGAUGGAGGUGAGCGAUGGUUUGGCUGCUCCAAGGAGACUCCACGCUGCUUUGGGACUGUAGUUGGUGAGACCCCAGAGUAUCUUUAUGAGGGACGUUGGACACCCCCUUGCUGUCUCCGUGCUCUGAGAGCGACUGCACGCCAUGUCAUAAAGGUACUGGAAGCAAAUGGAGUACGCUACUGGCUAGAGGGAGGUAGCCUGCUUGGGGCAGCUCGCAAUGCUGAUAUCAUACCAUGGGACUAUGACGUAGAUUUGGGAAUAUACCUGGAGGAUGUUACACUGUGUGCAGAGCUGCGGGGGGCCCAGGGAGGUUCCCUGGUAGAUGCAGAUGGAUACGUGUGGGAACGAGCUGUAGAAGGAGAUUUCUUUAGGGUGCAGUACAGCCAAACCAAUCAUCUACAUGUAGACUUGUGGCCUUUCUACCCACGAGAUGGUGUAAUGACACGGGACUCCUGGACUGGACAUCCCCAGGAUGUUGAGUUCCCAGAGCGCUUUCUGCAGCCAUUGCAAACUGUGAAUUUUGCUGGCGGAACCGCGCAGGUGCCAAACAACUACCAUCAGCUGCUGCGUCUGAAAUUUGGGGAAAAAGCCAUAGAGGAACCAGAGUAUCCUAACCCUGCCCUACUCCGGCUAAGGGGCAGGUAAAACAGGAAUUUUAAUGCAAAGGAACAGAUUGGAAUUAAUUAUCACAGUAUUUGAUAACAAACCUUACACCUUAAUUAUGGUGGAUAAGGGAGUUCAAAACCUGCCACUGGAAAGUGGCACAGAGAUAUGCAGUAAGGAACAAGUGUUUAAAAAAUCCUUGGUUUACUGAUAAUAGAACUUAAAGAAUAGCCAACACAGAGCAUAUUAAGACAAAUAUAUAACUGCUUUGAAACAAAACUGUUUUAAUAGGUGU